GCUUUCUGCUCGCCAGGCCAGCGUCCCGCGUACACCUUGAGUUUGUGUCCCUGCUUCUAGCGCCCGGCAAGCAGCCGGUGGGCUGUGCCGCGGCUGAGCUGGCAGGAGGAGGGGACGCACCCGGCAGGGAUGUCGGCUGGUAACCUGCUGCGGGCUCGGAAACCGGCGCAAAGUAACUUUCCUUGCCCCCCGGCCCCUCCCCGACUCCGGUGGGGAGAGAACCCAUCCCUGUGCAGGCGCCGUCGGAAACUAGCGAAGUCCCAAAGUUUUCCCUGCUGGGGCUGGAUCAAUAGGCAGAGAAGCUCUGUCUUGUGUCCGCUCUAGCGCAGUGAACCAGGCAGACUUGACUGUCUUUAAAACUGGGCAGUUAGUUUCUCCAGUAAGAAGUUCCGAAAUAUAGACGUGACCUCAGCUCCUGCUCAUUGCAUAGAAGAACUUCAGAGGUGCUUGGGAAGUAGAUGGGGAGUGUUUCACACCUCUUGGGAAAAGUGUCUAUUUCAGAAUAGGGCCACACUCUAACCAUAAUAAAAAAGUCUGGCACCCACAUAAAUUUUGAAAAAGAAAAGAAAAGAAAAGAAAAGAAAAGAAAAGAAAAGAAGCCAGCCCCUAAAAAUGAGCAUCCCAUAUAACAUUUUACCAAUUCAAAGCAUUGUACAAAGUGCAAUUAGGAAAGAUACUUCCCAAUAACUUUUAGUGCAGUGAGGAGUACAACACAUGAUUUAUGUAAAGGUCAUCUCUGUGGUGCUGGCUUUUCAUCUGCAUUACUGCUAGAAUACAGCAUCAAAUAUUGCAUGGACAUGAAGAUGAAAGGGUUAAAUGUGAACUGUACCUAAAUUUUUAGCUUAAUGGGAUUGUCCUCAAUUAAGAAGUAAACACAGAUAUCACCAACUCUUCUUUAGGUGGUAUUACUAGCUAAACCUCCUUAGAUAGUUGGAUGAAUUAAUUAAGAAGACAAGAUGGUUAUUCUCUCGUUUCAGAAAUUAAUUGUCUAGCUCAAAUACAUAUUGACAUACAGAAAUGAAAGUUAUUAUUUUUAUAGUUUCAGCACAAAACUUUAUGUAAAAAUGUGUUGUGGUUCUUCUAAUAAUGUUUUAAAAUACUAUUAUAACUCAGGCUGUCAACCAAAGUAUUGCUCAACAGAACAAAAAGUUAAUGAAGUUAAAGAAUUAAAGCAGAAUUAUAUGUAACUAUUUAUGUAGCCUUUUACAUCUAGUUUUGUCAGACAUGUAAUACGUUUAUAUAAUUCAAAUGUAUGCUGUGAUCUGAAAUUGCAAUGUGCUUCUCUUUUGUUAAAAUAGAGCAUUUACUUGUCAAACAAUAAAUGACUUUUUGAUUUAAAAAGAUAGCAUGUAUGGACAGAGAUAACAUUGGGAUUUAUGUCUUUGCAGUUUACAAGAUUAUUUUUUAAAAUACAAUUUAACAAGUUACUUCCUACAGUUGAUUUGAAAUUUCAAGGUUAAUUAAUUAAUAUUGCUGGACUCUAAAGCACAACAGACAGAGUUGGAGUGGAUUUCCUUUCCUCCCCAUGGGUGGGAAGAAAUUAGUGGACUGGAUGAAAAUUACACUCCUAUACGAACAUACCAGGUAUGCCAGGUCAUGGAACCUAACCAAAAUAACUGGCUACGGACUAACUGGAUUGCAAAAGGCAAUGCUCAAAGGAUUUUUGUAGAACUGAAAUUCACUCUGAGGGAUUGUAACAGUCUUCCUGGAGUACUGGGGACAUGUAAAGAAACUUUUAACUUGUAUUAUUAUGAAACAGACUACGACACUGGCAGGAAUAUCCGAGAAAAUCAAUACGUAAAAAUAGACACUAUUGCAGCAGAUGAAAGUUUUACCCAAGGUGACCUUGGAGAGAGAAAAAUGAAACUUAACACAGAGGUGAGAGAAAUUGGACCUUUGUCCAAGAAAGGAUUUUAUCUUGCAUUUCAAGAUGUAGGUGCCUGCAUUGCUUUGGUUUCUGUCAAAGUCUACUACAAGAAAUGCUGGUCUAUUAUUGAGAACUUAGCUAUUUUUCCAGAUACAGUGACUGGCUCAGAGUUUUCCUCUCUAGUUGAGGUACGAGGCACUUGUGUGAGCAGCGCAGAAGAGGAGGCUGAUAACUCUCCUAGGAUGCAUUGUAGUGCAGAAGGAGAAUGGUUAGUUCCUAUUGGAAAGUGUAUCUGCAAAGCUGGGUACCAGCAAAAAGGAGACACUUGUGAACCAUGUGGCCGUGGAUUCUACAAAUCAUCUUCACAAGAUCUACAGUGCUCCCGCUGUCCUGCUCACAGUUUCUCUGACAAGGAAGGUUCUUCCCGAUGUGAUUGUGAUGAUAGCUAUUAUAGAGCACCUUCUGAUCCACCAUACGUUGCGUGCACAAGACCUCCAUCUGCACCACAAAACCUCAUCUUCAAUAUCAACCAGACUACCGUGAGUUUGGAGUGGAGCCCUCCGGCUGACAAUGGGGGAAGAAAUGAUGUGACCUACCGCAUUUUGUGCAAGAGGUGCAGCUGGGAGCAGGGUGAAUGUGUUCCCUGUGGGAGUAACAUUGGAUAUAUGCCCCAGCAAACUGGAUUAGUAGAUAACUAUGUCACUGUCCUGGACCUUCUGGCUCAUGCUAAUUACACUUUUGAAGUGGAAGCUGUAAAUGGGGUAUCUGACUUGAGCCGUUCCCAGAGGCUCUUUGCAGCAGUCAGUAUUACCACUGGCCAAGCAGCUGCCACUGCACAUUGAGUAGAUGUUUUCA